AUGUCUACCUCUCAGAGGAUCGAGAAGAAGUCCCAUGUGUGCCCGCCGUCAAAUGCCAUACAUCCGUCGGACCGUUGGGAGUCUUUGUUUGUGUACUCAUUCAUCUGCAAGUUCACGAACCUGCGGCACAAAGUCGAAGGACUGGAGUCGCCAAUGGAUCUCGAGGAUGCUUUAAUGUCGAAGGAGCCUAAUAGCAUCCUGUCGCAGGUGUUGGCUAACUUCAUCGUGAAUCUCAAACCUCAGACGCGUAACUUGAGCACGGACCAGAUUUCAACAACUGUCGCCUCUGUCCUCGCGGAAUACUGCAAAUCGUCCGAACGGACGAUAUUCUGGAACGAGGACUUGAAGGCUAACAUAGAUCCAUUUGAAGGCCUAGAAGGCGGCUUUUUCACGACGGACUGGGAUUUCAAGCUCAAAAUAUUGCGCCAGCUCGUUGAGCUGCAACUGUGCCAUGCGCCUGAGAUCAAGGCCACCAUUGAUCGCGCUUGGGGUGUCCAGCACAAUAAGCACAAGAAACCGGCACCUUUAGCACCGCUAGACCCGUCCGACCCGAAAAGCCAAGAAAGUUUGCAAUUACAACCUAUUGGACAGGAUUGUUCAAGAAAGCGUUUCUGGGUUGCAGAUGACUCACCGCGGAUAUACGUUUCGACGAAUCCCUGGAAAACUACGGCGACAUUUCAAAGCAUAUCCACGACACGGGAGGAGUAUGUCGCAAUCGUAGAGAAUCUGAAGGCAGCGACGCCUCCCGAGCCAAAGAAGGGUCAAAAGCGGUCGAAACUUGAACAAAGCCAUCUGUUACUCAUCGAGGCCUUGGAAAACCGACUUGAAGCCAUUGAUGCGGAGCUUGUGCGAGUGCAAAAAGUUCGAAAGAAAAUUGAACAGAAGCGGCUUCUCCUUGCACAAGCAGAAAUACGCCAAACACGGACGAGACGGAGGACGAAAAGGCCAGAUUACGUGUAUGGAAACGAUUUGGACAGUGAGGAUGACGGUGCGGAUGAAUACACCUAUCAGGAAGAAGGCCAGGACGAAGAUGAGCAAGAUUAUAUGAACGGCGGCGCAAGACGAGGACGUAGCGGAGCUGUGGCCACACGGCGUUCGACUCGUACUUCAGCUAUAAACGCCAACGGCAAACGGGACGGCUCUUCGGACUCAGGGAUCUGGCGCGGAGAACGUCGGUCUACACGACUAGGAGGACCUGACUAUUCCCUUGACGUGGAACCGUCUCGCAAACGGGCACGCACGGAAGAGAGUACGUCAAGCGCUCAAUCGACAGAACAAUCGUUGCCGCCAGACAAUGUGGGCGUAGCGAACGGAGUUCGAGUGAAGACAUCUGGGGCUGCUGCACUGAAACCCACGGAAGUUGCGCUGGAGCAGAUAGCAGGAAAGAAAAAAUCCAAAUAUUGGGUUUACGCUGUUGAACCUAUACCUGGAGCUGCCGAAUCGACUCCUUCACCAAGUACGAACGGGCAUAGCAUUGAAAUGAAUGGCAAGGAUACGGAUCCUUGGACCAACGGACACUCGAAUCAAAUGGAAGGCCUGGAAUGGAAUCCCUCUGCUGUCCACUCAGCGCCUUAA